AUAACAGUAAAUUUAUUAUGUCUAAAUCAUAUUUCGCCACUGGAAAGAGAAAGCAUUUAUUAUUUAUGGCUAUGAAGGCGCCGAAUUAAAAAUCCGUACAAUACUUUUCUUUUUGUAGAUUAAAAUAAAGUUAAUGAGUUUAUUGCUCUUUUAAAAUCUUUUAAUAGGUAAUAUAUUUGGAUCACAUGGUUUGUUCUAUUCUUUUGCUUACAUUUUAAUCGCUAAUAAAUGAAACACUUUAACGUUUUCAUUACGAAAAAUAUGUCUUGUAUACAAAUCCGUACAUUUACUUCGUUCUGGAAAAAAAGGGUACAUUUCGGUAAGAAGGGGUUUUGUAAACCAGCGUGUGUUUGGUAAGAUUUAACAAAUUGCAACAGAGCAUGAGUGUAACGGCCUAGAAUGAGAUACAGAUUGAACGUAAGACGUUGACCUGAUCAUUAGACCAUACCAUUGGUAAGAAGCACAUUGUUCUCUAACGUUUCGGUCCGUAGUUUAUUAUAAUCGCCUUUAAUCUAACACUUGUGUUUAGUAGUAAGUCCGUUAAAAGGCAAAGAGGGAGCACGCCCGAAUCAUUCGGAACACUCGCUACUUAGAUUUUGAAUCCGUGGAGUACAUGAAGAAGCUUCCUCACGAAGACAUGGCUACCGUCGAUUACAAUUCUAUGGGGCAAGAUAUACUCCCUCCCGCUUACAAACAACCUGGAUCAAACUCGCAAAAAUUAACUAGGAUUAUAUCUUACACUGUAGUAACCAUGACUGUGAUCAUCGGAGUAUUUGUUUUGGCUGGGAUGUAUAUUAGAUCUCAAGGUCGAGAGUGUCCUUGUACAAUUCAAGAAAAUCAAUUUUCUCGGAGAAUUGACAAGUUGGCAUCUAUAGAAGAAGAACCUCUGAAUGCUGUGGCUAGCGAAGUGGUACCAAAAAAAUUAUCUUUACCUUUAAAAUUACAAAUCGAUGAUUCCGCAGGGGUAAGCUUUUAUCGAAAUAUUUCUUAUAUUCUGCAAUUAUUCAUAAGUAUAAAGUAA